AUGGGCCACAUUGCUCAGCUUUGCGAGUACGGCGGGCCUUCUGCAGGGCUGAGAAGAGCUGGGCCAAUCGCUAUCUUUGAUGAGUCUCCUCUUCCUCCCAGCACACAUUUCACUCACCGGUUGGAGAUCCUGAUGGAAUUAACAACACAAGGCAGAAAAAAGCGCCAUUUAUUAAAACACAAAACACCAUCCACUUACAGAAUCAUAUACCUGCUCUCUGCCUUUCUUCAGAAUCGCAUGUCGCUGCGAAGGCCUAUAUUCAUUCUAUUCACCAUGUUUUUGCUCUAUUUCCUCACGUACUUGUGCUUGGACGCCGCUAGAGCCUUGCCAAACCUAAGACAACGUAACAGCACUCUUCCAGAAACUCAUCCAUUUUUCAAAACACCGAACUCGGAGGGGGCUUCAACCCAGACAAUUAUUUUUGGUGUCCUAUCUCACUCCAAUACCAACGAAAGAGAUAUCCAUUUCGGUCCUCUACUUCUACUUCUGAAAGUAUUGAGAUUUAUCGGAUUCAACAUCUACACCUUGGACGUCGCCUUCCCGUCCCUAUGCCUGAGCUCAGUGUUGAAGAUGAGCACUCUCUCCCUCCUUCAAGAGAAGGAAGCAUUGUUGUUACUUCUCCUUCUGCACCGCAUUCAGGGGAGGCUUAGCUCAAGCCCGAUGGGUAGUGUGCUGUGUGGUGCAUUACGCAAAGGACUCGUGAGGACUUGCACAUACCUAUUCUCAAAUGUGCGCGGCUGGGCUCUCACCUUUGCUUGUAAGAUGUACGGUGCGACUUCUUCUAAUAUACAGUUUCUCGCCUCUCAUUUAUUGCCAUCUGGAAAAAAGUUCAAGGAGACCAACUCCUCUACUGUAAUUGUUCCAUGUAAUGUGUGCUCGCUGAAUAAGGAUCAGAGGAUACUGGUACCGAUCGUCCUCAGUAAGAAAUGUAGCCACGUCCAUUGUGGCAGGGACUCUGGCGAGACACCCUGUGUGGCGAGACAAAUGAGGAGUACUUUGACUUUCAGCAGCUGGAAAGCCUAUAUACAUAACAAGUACUGCUAUAAUUCUAUGAAAGAAGCCAUCAUCAGCCUUGUGCGCGUUGUCGCGGGCAAAUUCAUGCAGGGUCGCCACCUAAUGCGAGAUGACUCCGCACGUCGCACCUCAUCAUCUGCGGGUGCUCGGAACAUAAGUAAAUCCGGCUCAGAAUUGGGAGCAGUGUUGAUAAUCAGCCGGCGAUUGUUUAGUCAGCGAAUGCGUCUCAGCGUCAAAACCGCUCAACACAGCCAUCGUACAAUUUCGAGAUACGGUCCAACGCAGAUGACUUCGAUAGCCUCCGGCGAAACACAGCUCUACACUACCGCCUCGCCCUCGAGCGCCGAAUCCGCCUUUGUUCCCUCAUCGAAUACAACUUCCGGUAGGGUACCCACAACUACUUGGGAAGCCGUGGUGGAGGAUUCUUGUCCGGCGAUGCUGGACGGAUCGAUCGAUCUUAUUAUGACGGGGUCCUGGCGAUUAUGGUAG